AUGUUCAAAAUGCAUAACGAGGUGUCCGCAUCCGCAUCCGCGCCCGCGCCUGCGCCUGCGGCCAGGCUUGCGAAUCCAGAUGAUUCGCAGCUGCUGGCCAAAAUGGGAUAUAAGCAGGAACUCAAAAGGCAGUAUUCCACGGUUCAGGUGUUUGCGAUCGCAUUUAGUAUUAUGGGGCUUGUACCGAGUAUUGCGUCGACUUUGUCGUUUUCGUUGCCUGCGGGUCCUGUUGGGAUGGUUUGGGGAUGGUUCACGGCUAGUAUCUUUAUUUUCGUUGUUGGGUUGGCGAUGUCCGAUCUUGCUUCAGCGAUGCCUACGGCUGGUGGGUUGUAUUGGUGGACGCAUUAUUUUGCUGGCGAGAGGUAUAAGAGACCUUUUAGUUUCUUGAUUGGGUAUAGUAACACGCUUGGGCUGAUUGGCGGCAUUUGUUCUGUGGAUUAUACACUAUCCCUGAUGAUCUUAUCGUGUGUUUCCAUCUCGCGAGACUCGGACUGGUCUGCCUCGCGGGGAGUCAUUUACGGAGUUUAUGUUGGACUGAUCCUCCUCCACGGGCUUUCGGGCGCGUUAACAGGUCGACUUAUGCCGAGGAUUCAGACUGCUUGCAUCUAUAUCAACAUGGCACUGGUGGUUGCCACUGUCGUCGCGUUACCGGUCGGAAAAGUGACGCGAGGAGAAUCCUUGAACUCCGGGAGCUAUGUCUUCCGCCAUGUGGAUAAUGAAACCAAGUGGCCAACAGGAUGGGCAUUCAUGCUUGCAUGGCUUGCUCCGAUCUGGUCAAUUGGCUCAUUCGAUUCAUGUGUGCAUAUGAGCGAGGAGGCCAUGCACGCUGCAAAGGCCGUACCUCUGGGGAUUAUGUUUUCUGCUGGCUCAGCGUGUGUCCUUGGUUUCUUGGUAUUGACUGUUAUUGCUGCGACGAUGAAUCCAAAUGUGUCGGAGACUCUAAACAGUAAAUUCGGACAACCAAUGGCUCAGAUCUAUUACGACGCACUUGGCAAAAACGGCGCCCUUGGCUUCAUGAUAGUCCUCUGCAUAAUCCAGUUCCUCAUUGGUCUCAGUUUAAUCGUCGCCGCCUCUCGACAAUCAUGGGCUUUCUCCCGCGACGGAGCUCUCCCGUUCUCCACAUACUUCCGACACGUCAGCACAAGAAUCCAAUUCCAGCCUGUGCGCAUGAUAUGCGGCCUGGUUGUGAUAGCCGUCAUACUCGGCCUGCUCUGUUUGAUCAACAGCGCUGCUGCAAACGCCCUGUUCUCACUGUUUGUCGCCAGCAACUAUUUAUCUUGGGGAAUGCCGAUUUUCUGUCGCCUGGUUUGGGGACAGGAGAGAUUUGUUCCGGGGGAGUUCUAUACCGGUCGGUUUAGUAAGGCUAUCGGUGUUAUUGCUGUGGUUUAUUUACUGUUUGGAAUGAUUCUGUCGAUGUUCCCGACCACUGGGCCGAAUCCUUCGCCGUCGGACAUGAACUAUACUAUCGUGAUCAAUGGGUUUGUCUGGAUUGGAUGUAUGGGUUACUACUUCCUGUUUGCUCGGCACUGGUACACCGGUCCGCGUAUAACGGUCGAUGAGCCUAGGUCCGCCAGUUCGAAUAACGGGACUUUGGCUAUUGAGAACUCACGAGAGAAGACCGCUUUCAGUGAAAAGGGGGAGUAG